AUGUCAACACAAUAUGACACGAUUGGUGCCAAUUAUGACCUUUUUUGCGAUCUUCCAAUUCAGCAGAUAAAUCAUGCAGCUAUGAUGGAACACCUUGGCCCCAGAGUUCAAUCCAAACGAAUUCUUGACCUUGCGUGUGGAACAGGCUUUUAUAUUUCCAAAAUGUUGCAUAUGGGCGCUUCUCAUGUGACUGCGGUUGAUAUCUCAUCCGCCAUGGUCUCUGCUUCUCAAACCAAGAUUCCCGUUGAGAUGAAAGAUCAUGUCACUUUCUGCACUGCAGAUUGUGCUCAAUCAUCCAUUUGGAAUGAGGUCCAGCUUCGUGAUCAAGAAGGAACUUUUGAUAUGGUUGUCGCAGCUUGGUUUUUGAAUUAUGCAGAAACGCGAGAGGAGAUGCGGAGAAUGUUUGAAAAUAUACAUUUGGCUCUGAAGCCUGGAGGAAUCAUGAUCGCAUUGACUGUUAACGCGUCGAUAAUCGACAGUUUUCAACCAAAUGACCCACUCAAACACAGAGAGGCAGAUCUUGGUGCAGUCUAUGAUGUCAUUGGGGUCGUCGAGGACGGAUACAAGAUGCUUCUUUCUAGUGUGGGAAUGGGUGAGAACGACAUCAGGUUCGAAUUUUAUUUCUUGCAAGAGAAGAUUUAUCGUCAGGCAGCAGCUGAAGCAGGCAUGGGUCAGCUUGAAUGGAACGUGGUAUUCCCAAACGAAGAGCAUCUUCAAAUGCAGGGCCCGAAUUUUUGGCAGCCAUAUUUGGAUCGUCCUAUAAGCGCCAUUUGCUUUUCGAGAAAGCCAGAGGUGGAGCUUCGAGAACAAUGUUCCAUUGACAUUAACUCGGGUUCGGAACUGCUAACAUAGGUUGAAUAGUCAUCAAUCUGUUUGACGAGCUCUGGCUUUCCCUCCCUUCCCAGUAGUUCUCAGAUCCCUAGGCAGUGAUAGAUAGUAAGAUCUUACCAAUAUAAAAAGAUGACAUUUCAGACAACAUUUGCCUGAAUAUUAUCGUUUUCGU